AUGCUGGGCCGUGCUCCUUGCCUUCCCUCUGGUGGUCCGUUUUGGUUGGCUGUGCUCCUGCCCAAAUCCUCCAAAACGGACCUCGCCAGCUUCGUCUGCUUGGCUGGGAGCCCAGCCAAGCAGACCAAGCAGGUCCGUUUUGGAAGAUUUGAGCUGCUGAGCGGCCAAAACGGACCACCAGAGGUCCGUUUUGAAGGAUUUGGGCUGCUGAGCGGCCAAAACGGACCUCCAGAGGGAGAGCAAGGAGCACAGGUGGCGAGGAGCACGGCCAAGCAGACGAAGCUGGCGAGGAUUCGGGCUGCUGAGCGGCCAAAACGGACCACCAGAGGGAGAGCAAGGAGCACAGCCAAGCAGACGAAGCUGGCGAGGUCAGUUUUGGAGGAUUUGGUGGGCUGCGCCAGAGGGAGAGCAAGGAUUCGGACUGCUGAGCGGCCAAAACGGACCACCAGAGGGAGAGCAAGGAGCACAGCCAAGCAGACGAAGCUGGCGAGGUUCGACUUCUUCAAACCCGUGGGAUGGUUCCACAUGGGCCCAGUGGUGGAUGGGAAGUAUAGCAUUGAUGCUUACAUGAACUGCGUGGAUGCAUGCUACCAGACCCUGAAGCACAAGAUGAAUGGCAGGCCCUUGCUGAGCAUCACUGACUACAACGUCUUCCACACAGGUGGAGGCUAUCACGUGGUGAAGAAAGCGUUCGAGCGCUGCAUUCGCGCGGAGGAUCCCAAGACCAAGGCGGAGGUUCGAGAGAAGUACGUGCAAGAGAAGCUGCUUCCCUCUGUGAAUCUCUUGAAGAUCAUCGGGCCUUGCCACACAGUGUCGUCUUUCUUGAACAUCAGUUCAGUGGUGAUGACCAAGUGGGAGGAGGCCUUGGGUAAAAUCCUCUUGGUCUUCACCUACGGUUCCGGCUGCGCCAGUUCGAUGUACCAGCUGCGUUUCGACGACAUGGCCUGGUUUGAUCCACUGGCUGUGUGGAAGGUGAAGCAGUUCUACCGAAAUGCCAUCCAUGUGUCGCCGGAUUUGCGACUUCAUCAGGUCUACAUUGACACCUGGAUGAAGUUCGACUACAGGCCCCACGGGCGCAUCUCCUUCGGCUUUGGCUACGACUCCUACGAGCUGGACGCCUACUACCUGUUGGAGAUUGAUCCCUGGGGCAGACGGUUCUACCACCGCGGCGGCAUGCGCACAGGCCCGAUGAACCGAAAGAUCAUGAACUCCACGGCCUUGAACUACGACAAGGUGGAGAAUCGCCACACGCGCGAGCAUUUUGGGCAACUGCCGCCCAAUGGGGAGGCUUGGGAGAAGCAGGAGAACAAGGAAGAGAAGGCGGCUCGCUCCCUGGAGGACACCUGGAGGGAGAUCGAGCACGAGAUGACCUUCGAACCGGAGGUGGAGGUCGAUGGUGCACCGUCGGUUGUGGCCGAAAAGGUGUCGCAGGGGCGCACCGUGGUGGUGCGUGAGAUUGGCGCACCAGAAGAUGAUGACGAUGAAGAAGGAGCUGAGACCAGCUACCAGAUUGUGGGUACCUGGACGGCCAUGCGGGAACCGCAGCAGAUGAGCAAAUCUGCCAGCGGAGCGUUUACGUACGAGGUCACCUUGGGUCCCAAUGGUUGGGAGCAGUUUUACCUGCUCCGGAACAACAGUUGGUCCAAGAAGAUCUACCCCGCCAUGCACAAGUCCUGGAAGGAUAUGCCCUGCGUGGGACCUCACAAGGGCCGAGAACGGCAAAUGUGCUGGCAGCUCAGCGGCCGACCCGGCUGGGAUCUGCCCGGCGAGGACGAGGCUCCAGUCGGCAGCAGGUUUUGCAUCACCUUCACUCCUGGGCAGGUGAAACGCCUCACCUGGGAGAAGCUCGAAGAGGAGCCACAGAAGAUGCUAGACGAUGCCACGUAUCAGAUCCUGGGCUCGUGGAGUUGUUUCGACCCACAGGAGAUGACCCCCGAUCCCAGUAGGCCGGGAGUGCACACCGCAGAGGUGCAGUGCAACAGGCUGGGCCUGAAGUUCCACUUCAUCCGGAAUCAGGACUAUUGUCAGAACCUGGCGCCAGUGGUGGAAGAGGGCUAUGGCACGUUGUACAGCGCCGUUGCUCCCAUCGGCCAACAGAAUGCUGGGAGGCUGUGGCAGAUCGAGGCUCAAGACGGCGAGGUCUACCGCAUCGAGCUGCAUCGAAGCGUGGACGAUCCGUCCGACAUCUCGGUGCGGUGGCAGAAAGUGGACUCCAGACCCAGCCAGGCGGUGGAGGAUCGCUACUUCUUAGUGGGCAGCUUCAAUCGUUGGGGCUACGCCUUCGAGCCCUUCGAGCUCACCUUGACUGGUGAUGCCUUGGAAGCUGAGGUGCAGGUGCAGUCGCUGCCGCUGAAGUUCCAAAUCAUCGAAAACAUGGCGGAGGACCAGCGCCUCUACCCCGAUGACAAGGAUUGCGGCAGUGAGGAGCACAACGUCUGUGGCCCCGAAGCGCAAGCGCGAGACUGGUGCUGGAGCCUCGGCAGUAGCGUUUGCAGCGUGGGGGACAGCGUCACAGUCUCCUUGCAGCUUCAACCGGAAAAGAAGGUUACCUGGAGAAAGGCUGAAUAA